AUGCCUCCCGAGACGGCCCCCGACGACGACGAGAGCGCGCUCCUCUCCCGGAUCGACGACCUGCGGAUCGCGUCGAUCCGGCCGCUGAUGCCGGCCGCCUGCCUCAUUGAGCAUGAAGGCAUCACGAUUCACGUCUCCAUGCUGCCGUCAAGUUGGAGCCAGUCUGCGGCGACCACAGCGCUGAGUCCUGAGAAAGGUACAUAG